UCCCACGUUGGUGUAUACGGAAUAAUACGGAGAUGAAGUUGAAAUCAGGUUUUACUCAAGUUUCUCAUUGCAUGACUUUGGUCAGGAAACACGACUAUGAACAUUAUCUCUGUACCCUCCUACUCCCCAAACCAGUUCAACCGGUUGUGUUUGCUCUACGAUCUUACAAUAUUGAAGUGGCUCUAAUCAAAGACACUGUCAGUGAGGUUGCCAUUGGUAAAAUGAAGCUGACCUUUUGGAGGGAUGCCAUAAAUACGAUAUUUAAAAAAGGAAGUAAUGAUAAACUGCCAGAUCAUCCUGUAGUCAAUUUAUUAGCUCAAGCAGUUAAAGAAUGCAAUUUAAACAAGAUCUGGUUGUCAAGGUUACUCGAUGCCCGAGAGACAGACCUCACUCGGACCUCAUAUCAUCAAACGAAAGAGUUGGAGGACUAUUGUGAAAACACUUCAUCUUCUCUUUUCUACCUCACACUGGAAGCUUUGGGCAUUAAAGAUGUUCAUUCUGAUCAUGUUGCUAGUCACAUUGGGAAAGCUCAAGGUAUUGUAACAUUACUCAGAGCAGCUGGAUACUAUCGAUCAAAAAGACAAGUGUUGAUCCCAUUGGACAUCUUAAUGAGACAUGGUUCCAGUCAAGAGGAGUUUUUACGAGGUGAAGCCACACCUUCUUUGAUUAACUCGACAUAUGAUCUGGCCAGUUUAGCUAAUGCCCAUCUUUUAAAGGCUAUUUCUCUAGCAGACAAGAUUCCAAAAGGAGCUGCUGCAAGAGUUUUUCUACCAGCUGUUGCUACUCGCAGUUUCCUAGAGGAUCUUGAGCGAGUUGAUUUCAAUCCUUACAGCGAGAGGCUGAGACUUAGGAGACCGUCUCUACCGAUGACUUUACUGUGGAAAGCAUUUAGAAAUAAAUAUUAUUAACAAUAUUAAUUGAAAUAAUUUUAUUGUAUUUAUCAUGUAGCACAAUCCAAUCCUUUGUCUAGAAAAAUGGUUCAAUUCUGAAAA